CCACCAAUACAGUUCUGUUACAGGACGGCAACGAAACUCUCAAGUCGAAGACAUGCGAGUAGCAGUGAUUGGAGCUGGAGUCAUUGGCCUGUCCACGGCUCAGAGCAUAUAUGAGCAGUACCACUCAGUUGUCAGCCCCCUGACCGUUGAGGUGUAUGCAGACUGUUUCACUCCACUGACCACCAGUGAUGGAGCCGCAGGUUUCUGGCAGCCAUACCUCUAUGACAAAGGCAACAUUCAGGAGACAAAAUGGAAUAAAGAGACAUUUGACUACUUGCUGAGCUUCCUCAGUUCACCAGACUCAGUAAAAAUGGGUAUAUUUCUACAAUCGGGCUACAACCUGUGCAGCGAGCCUGCACCAGACCCUUCAUUCAAAGAUAUUGUCCUGGGCUUCAGACAUCUCACAAAGCGAGAGCUGCAGAUGUUCCCUGGAUACAGCUAUGGGUGGUUCAACACUGCUCUCAUGCUGGAGGGAAAAAGCUACUUACCUUGGCUGAUGGACUGGUUGCAGAAGAGGGGUGUGAAAUUUUACCAGAGGAAAAUAGAAUCUUUCAAGGAGCUGGCACAAAGUGGGGCAGACGUCAUAAUAAACUGCACCGGAAUGAGAUCUGGGUAUCUCCAGCCUGAUCCUGACCUCAAACCAGGCCGGGGGCAGAUAGUGAAGGUGGAUGCACCAUGGCUGAAGCACUGGAUUAUAACCCACAAUUUUGACGCAGGAGUCUACAAUUCACCAUACAUUAUUCCAGGGAGUCGCUCAGUGACAGUUGGAGGGGUUUUCCAGCUGGGGAACUGGAGUGAACAGAACAACUCCACCGACCACAAGAACAUCUGGGAGAACGCUUGCAAGCUUGAACCUAGUCUCAAGCACGCCAGGAUCAUUGAGGACUGGUCAGGCCUCAGACCUGUUCGCAGCAAAGUGAGAGUGGAGAGGGAGAGCAUAAAGUUUGGGCCAACGGAAAUAGAGGUGAUACACAACUACGGCCACGGAGGUUUUGGACUCACCAUUCACCGUGGCUGUGCCCAGGAAGCAGCAAGGCUCUUCGGUCAGAUCGUCAGGGAAAAAGGCAGAGGUUCAAAAGCGCGCUUGUAAACCUUGGCCACACAUCAUACUCACGGUGCUUUCAUAUUUUUAACUGAUAAUACACUCUAUGAGAUAGCAUCCAUGCUGUUCAAAGUGGGGGCUUCCCAGGCAGGGCAGUUGCUAGGAAUUCUGGGCCCCCUGAAAGAAUGUCGGUGUGGGCCCCUCUACCCCAUACCCCACUUUUUUAACUGUGUGUGGGCCCUAGUGGGAUGUGGGCCCUUAGAAUUGUCAUCACCUUUCCCCCCUAUAUGACGGCACUGUUCCCUGGGGUUCUUCACAGUCUUCCAGGAGGACAUCAGCAAAAUGAGGAGUAGUUUAAUUGCACUAUAAUUUAAUUCCUUACAAAUUAAUGCUAUACAAAAAUAAAUGUAUGAGUGAUUAUUUUAAGACAUUUUAAUAUGUUUUAAUCUCACCACUCAGUGUGAAUGAAAUAUCUACAGACAGUUAAAUAUUUAACACAAAACAAAAUAUAUUUUCAUAUCACAGUAUUAGGGCAAAAUAAUUUCAACUGGACGUCUGUGACUUAAUGAAAGUCAGUUUGGGAGAUCCAGAAUAUGAAAAAAUUGAAAACCCCUACACAAGCCUGUUAAAAGUCAGAUUAACUGGAUAGUUAGUAUCGUGUGUCUAUAGGACAUUUACAUCAGUAUAACCCAUGGCAUAUGUAACCAGUAUGUGGAGACACUUCUGAUAAUCCUUAUUAUUCCUGAUAAAUAAUUUCUGUCAUGGAUGGUAAUUGUUGGAGCCAAAUGUUUGAUUUAUGUUUUGAUUAAUAUUUUAUUUUAUCUGGUUUACUAUUUACCUGAUUAAUUAUGAGAUAUGAGCAUGAAAUAUUUGGGUUUGAAUUAUGAGUUGAAUUGAUAAUAAUUAUGAAGUUGUGAAAUUAUGGCUAAUUUUGAUUAUUAGAAGCUGACAUAGCUGUGCAUGAUCGAUGCCUAUUCUUACCUCCGCCUCCUCUUUAUAGACAGGUGACUGCAGCACCUGGGUUAUUAGGGUUGGCUACUGGGGCUGGCAGAGCUCUCGAUGUGAGGCACGCAACCAUACAGUUUUAGACCGCUGCUAAGCAUUGUUUGUUUAAUUGGGUGGAAAAGAGGGUAAUCAACGGAUUUGAUCUGUCUGUCACUCCAUGCUGCAGUAAGAAGUCUAAAUUUUUUGGAAAUAAAUAUCUUGAGCCAGAGGAGAAGUGUUUGGAUGUCAUGGUCACUUAAAAACAAUAGCGCUGGAGCGCGUCUGACACGGAUGCAUGUAACCGAGAACCAAGAGCAUCUUUUAUAAGAAAAGAUCGCGCUGACAGUAAUGGUCUUUUUUAGAGGUUUCAGUUUCAGAGGUUUUAGGGCAGGUCAUAGU